AUGUCGACCAUGGAGUGUUUGAACGAAGAAUUCAUUGAGGGCCAAACCUUGGAUGGUCGCUUUCGAACCGUGGCCCCUCUUAACCAUGGGUCUUUUGGAAUGGUAUUCCUUGCCACAGAUACCAAGACGGGCCAGGAUGUUGCGAUUAAACGUCUAACCAAGGUGACCUCAACUGGCUCGGAUGAUCGCUCCGAAGAACUCGAGUGUCACCGACGGUUUGGGUUUCAUCCGAACCUGGUCAACUUGAUCCAUACAUUCGACACGGAGACUCAUAAAUACCUUGUCUUGGAGUACUGUGCCAAUGGAGAUCUCUACGAGGCUAUCAGCCAUAAUCGUGGUCCACUGGAGACCGAGCACGUUCGGGAUUUCAUGCUGCAGCUGAUUAGUGCUGUCGACUUCAUGCAUGCCAAAGGCUUGUAUCACCGUGACAUCAAGCCGGAGAAUAUCUUCCUCACACAGGAUGGCUCCAUGAAGCUAGGCGACUUUGGUCUCGCUACGCAAGACUCGUGGAGUUACGAAGCAUGUGUUGGCAGUGACCGGUACAUGGCCCCCGAGCAAUAUGAUCCGACAAUGACGGGAUACUCCCCCGCUAAGGCCGACAUCUGGUCUGUGGGCAUCUGUCUAUUGAACAUUCUGUUUGCUCGUAAUCCUUUUGUCACCCCCACCGAGUCCGAUGUCCUUUUUGCGGAUUAUGUGCGCGAUCGCCAGUCACUUUUCGACAUCUUCCCGAACAUGUCGCAAGACACUUACGAGGUUUUGACCCAUGCAUUGGCCAUCGACCCAUCUAAGAGGUCUUUGUUGGAGGUGCGCGAUUGCAUCAGCCGCGUCGUAUCUUUCACCACCGACGACGAAUCUCUCGAUGAGUUUUGCACCGAAGAUCGCGAGGUGGUUGCUGCCAGCGCCAACCGCGAGCCCCUUCGCACCCCGUCUCUCCAAAGCCCUUUUAUCAACCAGGGAGAUUCUUUCCCAUGGGCAAAGGCGCUCCAGACAAGCCCCCCUCAGGCUAUCCGACAACUAUCUGUCAUCCCGGACAACGAGAGUUAUACCGAGGAUUUGUUCCCGGCUUCCGAAGCUGCGGGUACAUCCUGGUUCUCGUCUCACAUGGAAUCUCCAUCAGUAUCUUCUGUUUUCGACUCUCAACUCAAUGAAUCCUUCGUCUUGCUCAAUCUUCGCAAGCGUGAGGUUCCGACUCUUCCUCGCUCUGAUCCCGUUUCAAUUACUGGCUCACUGCCGUCACAUGCAACAAAGCCCCUGCCUUCUUUGUCGAUGGUCUUUGGUAACAAAGGUGCCGACAAGAUCUCAAAGAGCUGGUGCGACAUGUGGGACGAAGAGGAAUCCGAGAUUGAGGAUCUUGCCGUUCUUCAACGACGGGAGCAGAACUCUCGCAGCUGGAGCCAAGAAAGCCAGGGAGCUACCCUCCCAAGAUUGCGCGAGCCGGACUCCGCUUCUCUCAUCCAGCGCUCUCAAGGCCCAGAUGUGGAUCUGAAAAUGGAACCCAAUGUGCUGGGCGAUCUUUCCCUGGACGAAGACAGCGACUCGAGUGCGUCAAGCAGGACGCCUCGCCCCUUGCGGAGCUCGCUAGAAGAGCCGUCUAGUACCGACAAAUGGUCGAUGCUCGGUGACGUGCGACGCAACUACAAAUCGGAGGACGCAUCGCGCAAGUGCAAGCCUCGCAAGUCGCGCGAGGUGUUUGGUCCCAAGAGCGUUGCUACCAAUGCUCGGCGACACGACUGGGGUCGAGGCACUUGCGGAUACAACCAGACCAAAUCCAAGCCCGCGUCGCCCGUGGAAUCCCGCCGCCGCCAUUUGCUCGAACGGCAGGAUUGGCGCAGCAACGUCUCCAACACCUCCCUUCCUCCCGAUUACGGAAAUAGUGACGACGAUCUCGAUCUCGUUGGUGGGUGGCAUGAUGCUCACUUCUAG